GUCGUUCGCACUGAUGUCACAAGAUGGCGACUACCAUGCUACGGUGUAAUGUUGUCUCUACGCAGUUUGUAAAAAUGUUUGAUUAGUUAUAAUUCAGAUUUGGAUAGACGCCGAUAAGAAAUCGCGUUAUUGAAACAAAAAGGAAAAGGGAAGAUUGAUUUAUUGAGUGCGGGAUCAGUGUAUUCUAAUAUCUGUUUAUGUGUUAUUAUUGUGAUCCUGAUUUGAAUAAGAAAUUGGGAAUUAUUAUUAUUAUUGUUAUUAUUAUUUCAAUUAAAUGGAAAUGGAUUUGCAUAGCGGCGGCGUAGGAUCUGUUUCUGGAGGGAUUUUGGGCAGUGGUAGCAAUGUCCCUGCCUUCCUAACAAAGCUUUGGACUUUGGUGGAAGAUCCAGACACUGAUCCACUGAUCUGUUGGAGUCCGAGUGGUAACAGCUUCCAUGUGUUCGAUCAGGGCCACUUUGCAAAGGAGGUGCUUCCCAAAUACUUCAAGCAUAACAACAUGGCCAGCUUUGUGCGGCAGCUAAAUAUGUAUGGGUUUCGCAAGGUUGUCCACAUUGAGCAGGGUGGCUUAGUGAAGCCAGAAAAAGAUGAUACAGAAUUCCAGCAUGCGUAUUUCAUCCGAGGUCAGGAGCACCUUCUGGAGAAUAUUAAGAGGAAGGUGACCAAUGUUUCCAAUAUAAAACAUGAAGACAUCAAGAUUCGCCAGGAUGAUGUGAGUAAAUUAUUGACUGAUGUCCAGAUCAUGAGAGGGAAGCAGGAAAACAUGGACUCCAAACUCAUCGCCAUGAAACAUGAGAAUAAGGCUUUGUGGAGAGAGGUGGCCAGCCUGAGACAGAAGCAUGCUCAGCAGCAGAAAGUCGUCAAUAAGCUUAUUCAGUUCCUUAUCUCACUGGUCCAGUCCAACAGGGUUUUGGGGAUGAAAAGGAAACUUCCUUUGAUGUUGAAUGACAGCAGCACUGCACAUUCCAUGCCGAAGUACAGUCGGCAGUAUUCUCUGGAACCCCUGCAAGGCUCGCCUGCGUUCUCACCUACAUCCCAGUCCUACACAGGAGCAAACCUGUUCUCCUCUGAUUCGACGGUUAACUCUGGUCCUAUAAUCUCAGAUGUCACAGAUCUCCCACAGCUUAGUCCCUCUGCUUCCCCGAAUGACCAGACAGAGGAAGACAGCACGAGCCCCUCAGUCCUCAUAAAGGAGGAGCCACCGAGCCCUGAAGAAGUGCAGAGCAUCGUUUUGAACGAGGCUCCUCUCGACAUUGUUGUGAACGAGGCGCCUCUCUCUCCUAACACCUUUAUUGACUCUCUACUCGAGGACAGUGAGGCCGGUGGAGCCAGUGCUGGCUCCAGCACAGCUCAGUCCCAGGACGGGGAGAAGUGUCUAAGUCUGGCCUGUGUGGAAAAUUUGAGUCAGUCUCCGCAGAUGUCAGAGGUCACUUGUGUUUUCACCAAUCCUUCCUCUUCCUGUCUUCAUUCCAGACCAGAGCAAGGGAAUGACCUUUCUGAACAUUUAGAAACCAUUGAUUCCAAUUUGGAAAACCUGCAGACAAUCUUGACGGGGCAGUCCAUCAGCUUUGAUUCCUCUCCUCUCUUUGAUCUCUUUGCCUCAUCCCUCUCAUCUACUGAUUUUAACCUGCCAGAUCUGGACACCAGCCUUGCAAGUAUCCAGGAUUUGCUAGCACAGGAUCAGAAGUCCACAGGCACAGCUCCAAACUCCGCGGACACUGGGAAACAGCUGGUUCAGUAUACAGCCCAGCCCUUGCUACUGCUGGACCCCAGCAAUGCCGAUGAGGGAAGCUCAGACCUGCCUAAUCUGUUUGAGUUGGACGAUGACAACUCUUACUUCGGCCCUGGAGACGACACUGAGGAUCCCACGAUCUCUCUACUUUCAAACACCACCUACCAGUCGAAAACCAGGGACCCUUAGUCUGAAAGCUUGCCACUUCUGUAAAGGGAUGUGCAACUGUGCUUCAUUUUUGUGUGUAAAGUGACAAGUCUAUACAUUUGUGGGUUUAGAGUUGAGAUUUUCUCUUGUCAUCUGGUUCUCUGGAUCGCCUUGAACUCAAGGAUAUGUGCUAGACAUGCCAGAUGUCCACCUGUCCUUUCUGAAAAUAACAAGGAUUCCAGACCAAAUGCAGGUUUUGCUGGUUUAUCUAUUGUAGCGCCAAGAACAUCAUUUAUAUAUUGCAGCUUAAACGUUAGAUUAUUUAGGAGUGUAUCUGACUUGAAUAGUUUCUUCUGAUACAGCACUGAUAUUUUGUAGCAGAUGAUAAGCUAAUAUUAACCUACAGGUUAUGGUAAAACAAAACAUUUGACAGUAACAAAGUAGAAAGAAAACAUUAAAUGCUGCUUCUAAGUGACAGAUGGCAGGGUGUAUCUGUAAGAAUCUACAGAAUUGACUGCUGUGUGCAUUUCUUUGUUUGCUCUUUGGGACAGGGUGGCAAUGGAAGUAAAGACAAGGUUGUUAGUGUCUUCCCUUAGGACUGGCUAAGAGAAAAAGUGAAACCAUGCUCUGUGCCCAGUCCAAUUGAGAAAUUAUUUUCCUGUCUCAAGUCUUUAGUAGACCAUGAGUCGCUUUUAAAUCCUGCUUUUACUGAAAGCUGUAUACUAUCCCUGGAUCACACUAGCCUGGUCCUUUAGUAAAUCUCUGGCUAUAUAAAUGACACCUGUUUCUGAUCCCUGGCAGCAUUCUUUUAUUUAUUUUUUUUUUAAAGACAGCCUGCUUGUUUUUCCAAGCCUGUGCAUUGCCCUGUACCCUCAAUUCUUUGAAACUAUUAACGGAUAGUAAGGUAACUCAUUUUUAAAAGCAUAAUCUAUACUUGUGGAAAAAUUAAGUUGCACACUAUAUUAUGCAAGAGACCUGAACAUGGAACAGACUUCCCCUUUGUUUGGUUGGCUCCGUCAACAGUUAGCCACGGUCACACAAACACUUUUAAAGAAAGACGGUGCUUUUUAAAUGUUAAACAUUUUACAGUGUAGCCUCAGUUGCUUAAUGAAAUAAGUUUGCUCUUGUCUGUACAUAGAUAGUUUUAGGGGUAAGGUAACUGCUAUUUCAACAAGCGCAAAGCAAGCUUAUAUGUUUCUCUACUAUCUAAUGUCUGCAAGCAUGUAUACAGCAGGCAGCUCUGGUACUGUUGCUUCCUUUUAAUACAGGAGUGAAAUCUAAAGUUUUGGCUUUUGAUAGGGGGGGGGGGGGGGCGACUGACUGCAUUUGUAAGUGACUUAUGCUAUUGCAAUGGUAUUUUGUAUAUUUACACUCUAAAUUGUUAAUAGUGAAAAUGUAUUUUUGAUUUUUACAUAAAUUAUCCACUUAAUAUACUUGGCUUUCUGUGGUUGAAAGUUUUAUUUUUGUAAUAUAUGUUUGAACUUAGUUACUGGUGCUGGUUUAGGACUUAAGAAAGAAGAGUGAAAUUUUGCUUGUUUUAAAAUAAAUAACCUAAAAAGAAAAAAAAGAAAAAAAGAAAAGGCCCAGUCUAGUCGCCAAAUAUGUCCAUUGUUCCAAACUUCUGAAAACGGGGGAUUGAAAUUUAACAAGUUUUCAAAGGUGGUAAAUGAUGAAUAUUGAAUAUGUAUCCAAAUGAAACGACAUUCGGCCAUCGUAUCUUGAGUGUUAAGGGUGGACUGACAAGUUGUUUUUGUGUUUUUUUUUGUUUUUUUUUAUAUGGAAAGCAGUAUUAAUGUUUGAUUAUGUAAAGAUAAGUUGCAAUUGAAAUAGUUUCUUGUAUUUUGUUUUAUAAAUCCGCUGAAAAGUAUGCUUUUUUUUUUUUUUUAAUUGGAAGUGGUUUUGCAUCUUUUGUGUUGUGGCUUUGAUUUGACUUAUGUUUGAGGUGACAGUUAAAAGGAUUCUGUAGAUAGCACAACAUUUUUUGUGUGUCCAUAUUAUUGACGUUUUACUUUUCAGUAUGUUCCCCUGCCUAUUUUUAAUGCAUGUUUUCUCAAUCUCGAAUAUAUUUAGCUGCAGAGGGAUAAGCAUAGAUAGAUACAUAAUAUACAGUUGUAGUCAAAAGUUGACAUACCCCAAUGG